CUUCUGCACCUUGUGUGGAUAUACCCCACAAACCAAGCCUGCGCUGGCUCCAGCAUCCUCUCCCUUCAUUAUUCCGUGAUUUGCUUCAUACGUCUCCGAGUCAAGAACGUCGGAUACCAAGCUCUUUUCAAGCUCACCACUGAGCUGCCCUUGCAGCCACCUCCGAAGCUUAGCGAGGCAGCGAACCUCGGCGCCUAUCAACGGGAGCAAAAAAGUAACCCCACAGUUUUGCUGCCUCAAUCUCUGUCCACCACGUCCGUCCUAGAGCUCUAGAUCCCAGCUCUAGUUGCGAGCCAAUCUUGGACCACUCCUCCCCGGACUUUACCGCUUCAUCGAAUGCCGUCCGCGACCUGACACGAACACGCUGCGCUCCCUCCACCAACCUCGAACUCGGCAACUCUCCUACUACGCAACGCAAUACCACAGCGUCGCGAUGCACUGGCUACUCUACCUCCUCGCUACGCCUGCCGCGGUCAUAAUGAUCCUCAGACUUGCCUCGCUCGUCCUCCCCGCGCGACCAGCACAAUUAGCGUCCUUUUACGCCUUCUCCAUAACCGGCUUCGCACUUUUGAUAGCAUGCGCCUUCUAUGGCAUGGUCGCGAGUGUAGUACUGAGACUGGUGGGAUACGGGGGAUUGAGCCAGUGGACAGUUGGGCGGGCAUUCAAGUGGAGCAUGUGGUUGACAACGGGAGUGAGCUUUAGGGUCAGCGGGAGUAUGAAGACUUCAAGCGGUGGAAAUGGAGAGGAUGCGCUCAAGGAGAGACCGGCUGUGUUCGUGGGGAACCACCAGACAGAACUCGACGUCCUCAUGCUAGGCUGCAUGUUCCCCCAAUACUGCUCCGUCACCGCCAAAAGCUCACUGAAGUGGGCGCCUUUCUUGGGCUGGUUCAUGGCCCUCUCGAAAACCGUCUUCAUAGAUCGCGCAAACCGCACCACCUCCCGCGCCGCAUUCGAUACUGCCGCCUCCACCAUGACCACCUCCCGCCAAUCCGUAUUCAUCUUCCCCGAAGGCACGCGUUCUUAUGCCUCUUCGCCCACGCUAUUGCCUUUCAAGAAGGGUGCCUUCCACCUCGCCGUCCAGGCACAGGUGCCGAUUGUACCGGUCGUGUGCGCGAACUAUAGCCAUGUGUUGGACGUGAAGAGAAAGUUGGUUAGGCCGGGGGUUAUUGACGUGACGGCGCUACCUCCCAUCAGCACAACAGGAUUGAAGCCGGAAGAUGUUGAUGCGCUAUUGGCGAGGACAAGGGAUGCUAUGAUGGAGGAGCUUAUUAGGCUGUCGCAUGUUUCCGGUCAGGGCAACGGCGAGCCACUUCCACGGACAUCAGGGGUUGAUGAUGAACAACGGGGGGAGCUGAGAAAGCGAGCCUAGAGAUUCAUCUAUAUGGCCGUCAUGAGCGGGGAGUAUGGGAGAAGACGAAGCUGAAGCGAUGCAGCACAUAUGGCGUUUGCCAUGGAGUUCUGUUCUGAUGCAUUAUGAUAUCCCGCAGUCAUUGGUGCGGCAUUUGCUCGAGUAGCAUGUACAUAGCUAUGGUAUUGCAGCAUGAAGAUUUACAAAGCAUGACGAGAAAGAAAAGUUAUCAAAUAAGAACAGCAGUACUGCACUUUUCGCGGCUUACAGGUCAC